AUGUAUUCCUUCCGUGCUGCACAGCUGUUUCUGCUCUUUGAGCAGAUCUAUGCUGCAGCAUUGUUGCGUAAGACCACUGCUGGCGCCAAUGCUAUUCAGCAGCUUGCUGAGCAGUUGCCCCGUGGAGUGACCAGAGAGCUGUUCCAAAGCUUCUCGAUCUGUGGGUCGUGCAAUACUUGGAAGCGAUUUGGGGAAGAAAAUGAUGGUGGCUAUUUGCUUUGCAUGGACUCCUUGAAUGCUUCCGAUUUGAAAGCCGCUUACUCCAUGGGUGUGCAGAAACAUGAUCAGUUCUCCUUAGACGUUUACAAGGCCUUCAACGUCCCUGUCUUCCAGUACGACUGCACUGUUUCGCACCCUGCUCAAAUCUGUGACAAGUGUCAGUUCUUCCCAGCUUGUUUGAGCUCGAAAUUCCCGGGCAAGACUAGCUGGACCUUGAAGGAGGCCAUUGAGCAGUCGAAGAUGUUGGAUGUGCCGGAUCGCAGCUUGCUGAUGAAGAUGGACAUUGAGCGUGGAGAAUGGCCGACACUGCUGGAAGCCGACAUCUCCUUGCUGAAGAAAUUUCGACAGCUGCUCAUUGAGUUCCAUGGUCUCUGGAAGGAAAAGCAACAUGCCAAAUUCCUCCAAGUGAUGCAGAGGUUGAAGAGCGCAGGCUUCAAGGUGGCACAUGUCCACGGCAACAACUACGUGGGAGUUUAUCGCAAUGGGCGAUUCAUGCUCCCCAGAGCCAUUGAGGUGACCUUGGAUGCAUCCCUUCCCUUGUUGGACAAAUGUCAUGAUCCCAACUAUGAGUUGCUGGACCGGCCAAACAAGAUGGGAAAUACGGACAUUGUUGGCAUGCACACCGAGCCGACCUUGCUCGAGGAUCUUCUCCGAGCAGCAGAAGAGGCCGAAGAGCUGGCGAGAUCCGCUACUCACUCUAUCAAGAUUGGUACUGAUGCCGUUGCAGACAUUCCUGUCCGGGCAGACGGCUUGGUUGGUCGACGUGUGGACUUGAAACUGGCGAAACCAUUGCGAGACUUCAUGGAAUGGAAGGAUGUUUUGCUGGGCUACUUAGGGCAGAAACUCGAAGAGGAGCCGGGUUUGGAUAUCCGCUCCAGCCGAUUUGGAGGUGCAAACAGAGCAAGCAGAGCAGUGGUUUGGAACACGCAACCAUCUGCAGAGUCUUCAGUCCAAAGGAAAGACUACUUGACCUGUGGUAUUUGCGGUGAACAUCUGGCAGGUUCCUCAGCCAUGAUGCAAUGGUUGCCACCAGCAUCCACCUGCAGUGUCGUGCUGUUUGUGCAACUCUCUGCUGGCUAUGGUGAUUAUCCGAAGCGCUCGCUCUACGUCUUCGGAUGCCGUACAAGUGCGUGCGGUCUUGAUGUGAAGGCCUGGCGUGUACUGCGAAGUACUGGACCUCUUUGUUCCCAGGCUAGACAAAAGGAAGCCUCGCCAGCUGAAGCAAAAGCAGGCGGAUAUGCCAGCUACGUCCUUGACAACUCCGACGAUUGGGGCACCGAUGAUUGGAGUGUUUCUGGAGGCGCCUCUCUGGACGCAGAUGCUGAGAUCGAGGCGUUGCUGGCAGCUCGCUCCAAGGCCUCCCCGCAAAAGAGCAAACAGAGCACAGUGAGCAAAGAGGACAAAGUGCCGGAGGUGCAGGAUAAUGCGAGCUUUUGGCUGGGUGUGAGAGAAACACCAUGCAGGCCUUCAAGCUGGCCCUGUCUUUCACUCAGUGUGGACUAUGAGCCUUGGGAGGCUGCAAGCAGUGGAGAUCAUGAACAUGAACUCUAUCAGAGAUACCUGCAGAGUGAACUGGCUGGAAACGAGGACCUGGGCGCCAUUGUGUCAUUGAAAUUGUUUGAACACAUUCCAACAUAUUCCAACACCUGCGAAAGUGAACAGUUUGCCAGCCGCUUCACCGAGAAGGGAUUGACGUGGAUCGAGAUGAUCUCAGAGUCAAGCUUGGAUGGGGAAUCAUUGAAUCAUCAGAUCGAGGCCAUACGUGCAGGGGACAAGACGGCCAAGGUUGAUUGGAUGAUGAGGUUUUCGUGCUGCCAGGCCUCGUCAAAUGACACCAAUGAGGAGAGAGCUGGAGGUGGAGGUGCUAGCCCAUCUGACAUGGUGACUUCAGAGAAGCACACCUUGCCAAUGGCAAUCCCCACAUCUGCGGUGGGCUGGACGGACAACUUGAUUUUGGCUACCGACAGCUACAAAUACAGCCACUGGAAGCAGUAUCCUAAAGGAACUGAGUAUGUCUACAGCUAUUUUGAGAGCCGUGGGUGCGACCGUGAAGGUUGGAACGAGGUGGUGUUCUUCGGCCUGCAAUACUUCAUCAAGCGGUAUUUGAUGGGCCAGGUCAUCACUCGUGCCAAGAUUGACGAAGCGCUAGAGCUGUGCUCGGAGCACUUUCAAGGUGAUGGCCUUUUCUACAAGGAAGGUUUCGAGUACAUCUUGGAGAAGCACGGAGGCAAGCUGCCAAUUAUCAUCAAGGCUUUGCCUGAAGGCAUGGUCGUGCCGACCAAGACUGCUCUGUUCACCAUGGUGAACACAGACCCGAAAUGUUUUUGGCUCACCAACUUUUUGGAGACACUUCUGGUUCAGGUGUGGUACCCCAUGACCGUUUGUACCAACAGCUGGUAUCAGAAGAAGGCAAUCCACAAGGCCCUGGAAGAGACCGGCAACACCGAGUGGUCGAUCCCUGGGGGAAGUGUUUUCAAGCUCCACGACUUUGGUUUCCGCGGAGUAUCCUCAGUGGAAUCUGCUGCCAUUGGAGGAGCAGCUCACUUGGUGAAUUUUAUGGGCACAGAUACCGUUGCUGCACUGCUUUGCACGAAGAGGUACUACCAUGCCAAGAAGGCAUGUGGCCACUCCAUCCCUGCUUCUGAGCACUCUACCAUUACUUCUUGGGGAGUUGAUGGAGAGGUCGAUGCCAUGAGGAACAUGCUCACCUCUUACCCAACAGGGCUGGUGGCUUGCGUCAGUGACUCCUUCGACGUGUUCAAGGCAUGCAAGGACUACUGGGGAGACAAGUUGAAGGACCUAAUCAAAGGUCGUAUCUCUGGUGACAGCUUUGGGCGCCUGGUGGUGCGCCCUGACAGCGGAGAUCCAGCAGAAACCUGCAAGGAAAUCCUCAAGAUCUUGUGCACUCAGUUCAAGGAGGAUGUCAUCACCACCUCCACUGGGCACAAGCUUUUGCCUCCCUACAUCCGAGUCAUUCAGGGAGAUGGUGUGGACUAUGAAUCUGUGCCAAAGAUCCUGAAGUCGCUGAAGAGCGCUGGCUUUGCUGCUGACAACAUGGUCUUCGGCAGUGGUGGCGCUUUGCUUCAGAAGCUGAACCGUGACACUUUCAAAUGCGCAUUCAAGUGCUCAGAGAUUACUGUCAGCGGCACGGCCAAGGAGGUCUUCAAGGACCCAAUCACUGACAAGGGCAAGGCCUCCAAGAAGGGACGACUGACGGUUCAGAAGGCAUCCGAGACCACUGGCUUCUCCGAUGCGGACAAGUACAAGCCGCGUCAGGGCGACAAGGGCGUAGCUGGUGGUACCGGCUUCCUUCACUACAGUGCAGAUGGCAAGCUUGUCACGGUGGCGAGCAACAAGGGCAAUCCCGCGAAGGAUUUGUUGGUGGAGGUCUUCAGAGAUGGAGAGCUCACGAAGGACUACACGCUGGAUGAGAUCCGAAAGCGUGCUGACAUUCCAAAUGGACCUUUUGCACCCCCUCCUGAGCAGUGGACGAUUUCUGUCGCAAAGAAUGGCAAGAAAUUGGGACUUACGCUCGUGCAUGAGGGCAAGGACGCGUUGAAGGUGACUGCCAUUUUGCCUGGUGCAGUCACGGACUUCAACACCGCCAAUCCAGACCAGGCUGUCAAACUCGGUGACCUCGUUCAGAAGGUCAACGAACAAACAGGUUCAUCUGAGAAGAUGAUGAAAGUCCAGACCUCAGAUGCAACGAUGCUGUCCAAUGGCCUAUGA